AUGACCAUCACAAAGAAGACAACUGCGAAGGCCCACGAUGGCCUUGCAAGCCGGCUGCAGAAACUCCAGAAGGCGCAUGAGCGGCGAGAUCGAGAUCGAGAUGCCUUACCGCUCUCCGCACCAAGGCCAGCGCCUACACUCGGGCAGAAGGCAUCUCGAGUUGACAGAACACGGAGACUACAGCGCUUGCACGAUUCCAUCCUCGGACCACACCCUACCUUUCCUGGCAACGUCAUUAUCCCCGAGAAGAUCGAAGCGCGACUCGAGGACGCGACGCGCGUACAAGACAUAAAGCACCUCUUACAAAGUGGUGCGGCACAGGUGUACUGGGUUGAUGGCUCCGAAAGAAAUGGUUUCCUUGGCGCCGGCGUCGUAUGGUGUAAGGAUGACAGACUCGUCUCAGGGAGCUACCAGCUUGGUCCCAGUACUGGAGGGAACAAUUGUGACGCCGAACUAUUUGCGAUCGCGGCCGCUUUGGGACGAGCGAGGAAGCAUGUUCAGAAAGGCAACGAGCCUGCGCUUGUCAGGAUCUUCUCGGACGCCCGUGAGAUCUUGAUCCGCAUCAAGAAUGGCAACUGCCACACCUUUGGCCCGCUACUGGCAGAGAAGACUGCAUUGGAAGGUCUAUACGCGCGUGCCCAGUGGCUCAAAGCUCACAAUGUAUGCAUCGAGCUGAUGUGGGUCAAGGGACACUCGAACAGCGAGGGCAACCAUCUGGCAGAUCAGGCCGCACAUCAUGCAGUUCUCGAACAAGCAGUCGUUCCUCCUGCACCCGUUCCCUUCUUCUCUACUGUCAAGACUGAACUCGACGUCCCAAUCAUGUGGCGGAACCUUGGUCAGGACUGGGUCGACGAGUGGCUAUGUCGUGCGAAC